AAGAAGAAAAACAUGAAGAGCAAGGAUUUUUUGAUGAACCUGAAAUCAAGGAAACAAAUCUUCAGCAUGAGACAUUUCCAAUGAUACAGCCAAAAAUUAAUGAGUCAAAGACUCGAGGCUAUGCCUCUCCUGAAGCUGAUCCAGGCCCUCAUACCCAAGCUCAUCAUGAAGAAUUAUCUAUUCAUGAAAAAGGAUUUCUAGAUUUAGAUGUAAAAUAUGCAAAAAAUAUGUUCAAAGUAGAUGGAGCUGAAUAUGUUUUCUCAACCAGGUUUACAGAAGCUACAGAUAUUGAUUUGGCCAGUGUAAUAUUAGAAGCAGAAAAUGAAAAUGAAGCUAUGCAGGAGAUAACUUUUAAAAUUAGUGAUAAAUAUGAGCCUAUUCAUGAAUCAAAAAAGGCAGGUGGAAAAUAUGCCAAAGGAGGUCCAAACGUCAUACUUACAAAGAAAAUGAAACCAGGCUUUUGGGUAGGAAUAGACGAAAAAUUUCUGGUUAGAGAA